AUGGCAGCUGCUGUUGUUAACGUUACCGAGGCCGCUGUGGCCGCACAGCCCAACAUGGGCGGCGCCCAGUUCGCCUCUCAUGCUUGGGUAGAGCCCAUUAUCGUUGUUUCAAUCAUGAUCACCUCAUUGACUGUCAAUCGAAAACGAAACUAUCGCAUUUUGGAUUCCAACCGGGGCCGAUCACCCACGCGGUCUCUCCUCCCUCACGAAAGCCAGGAGUAUUCCCCCGACAGCCUGGGCGAACUGGACUCCUACGAGUCCAGUGAAUCUGAUGUCUUGACCUCGUCGAAAUACCCACCAAAGAAACGCGACUGCUGCGGCAUGGUCAUCCGGACACCCAACUCAUCCCGCUUUUCCGACCACGUCCACAGUCGGAUUCUACAGAAAUUUCCCUUUCUCAUCGAAAUGUUUUAUUGGGUUCUAAACCUGUUGUUCUACGUGCUCACCAAGGCCAUUGCUCAACUCACCAUGUCUGGAGAUGACGGCCUCCGUGACCUCGCCCAAGACCACGGUAUUCUGAUUUUGGAUAUCGAGCACAAAUCCUGGUUGAGCUUUCUGUUUCCGAUCCGGGAAGCAGCAUUCCAAGGCUGGUUCUUGAACGGCCAUCUCACAGCCAUUACAUUUCUCAACCGAAUUUAUUCACUUGUACAUAUACCCGGAACCGUCGCCUUUCUAUCAUGGUACUACUACUCAGCUCCUAAUCACGCGACCUUUGCAACAGUCCGCCGAACAAUGACGUUGGGAAAUUUUGCCGCCUUCGCCAUCUUUACCGUUUUCCCCACCAUGCCUCCUCGAUUACUGCCCCAGGAGUUUGGUUUCCACGAUACAGUCCGACAAGAUAACGCCGAAUCGGUGUGGGUCGGUGGAAACUAUGUCAAUCAACUGGCGGCCAUGCCCAGUCUACACUUUACCUACGCAUUUGUUAUUGGAUGCACCUUUCUAUACCACUCGGGCCUGUUCCGACGCGCCCAACGUAACGAGCCGCGAAAAUCGACGUUUAUGCAAAUCUUCUACUUGGUUGCGGGUAUCUGUUACCCCCUGUUGGUGCUGACUGUGAUUGUCGCGACGGCCAAUCACUACUGGCUUGAUGCUGUGGUGGCCAUGAUGACGACCACCUUGUCUUUGCUGUGCAACAAGAUUUGGAUGUUCCUUCUUCCGGCCGAAGAUGUGUUGUGUUGGAUACUGCGGGUUGACAAGCCCGUUCCUACUACGGGAGACAGGUUGAAGGGAGAGAAAUACCUUCCGGUCAAGGAUGAGGAGGACGUGUGA